CCCUGAGAAAUAAAAAAGAGUCGUUUUCAAAAAGUUUGAAAAUUCAAUUUACAAUCAACAAUUCAAUACAAUUACCUACCUAGUUAGUUUUCAUGUAUAUAUUAUUUUAGUGAUAAGAAUUUUAUGUUGGAAAUAAGUGAGAAAAACAGAAACUUCUUGAAAUUCUUAAUUUUGUAACACUCAGCUGAUUCAGAAAUUUUCUUUGUUUUGAUUAUUGAAAAAAAAAAAACAUUCAUUGUAAAAAUUGAAUUAGCAACAUUCAGUUACUUAACUACAAAGUAUAAUUUUGUAGUGACCCACCAUAAGUUUUUGGGAAAAAAAGAUCCUCAAAUCUGUUUAAUUUGAAGAUUUUAAAAUAUUAAUUUAAACAAAAAUAUUUUUAAAAGUGACGCAUCAAGGAAAAAAAAGUUAAUUUAAUUCAGUUAAUUAACCUUAUCAUGGCUGAUCUAGAUUCUGGCUUCUGCUAUGUGAACUUCAAUCAAGAUUUCACAUCAUUAUCAGUUGGUUACAAAAACGCAUACACUUUAUACUCGCUCAACUCUGUAGAUCAACAGCUUGAAGAGAUUUACUCUAGUUACGGUGAUGAUAUCUGUAUUGUAGAGAGACUCUUCAGUAGUUCAUUGUUGGCUAUCGUUUCUUUGAAUGCACCAAGGAAACUCAAAGUCUGUCAUUUCAAGAAAGGUACAGAGAUCUGUAAUUAUUCUUACUCGAACACAAUCAAAACGGUGAAAUUGAAUCGAGCACGAUUGGUGGUAUGUCUUGAGGAAAGUCUUUAUAUUCACAAUAUUCGUGAUAUGAAAGUCGUUCACACGAUUCGUGAUACUCCAACAAAUUCUAGUGGUCUCUGUGCGUUAGCUGCUGAUUCUGACAAUUGCUAUUUAGCUUAUCCUGGAAGUGUCGUUUCUGGAGAACUGCAAAUCUUCGAUGCAGUGAAUUUACAUGCAAAAACAAUGAUACCAGCUCACGAUUCACCUUUGGCAGCGAUGGCUUUCAGCUUGAAUGGGUCAGAAAUUGCAACAGCAAGUGAAAAGGGAACCGUGAUUCGGGUUUUUUGUGUCAAUGAUGGAACUAAACUCUUCGAAUUUAGGCGCGGUGUUAAACGAUGUGUAUCGAUCUCUUCCUUAUCAUUCUCCUCAUGCAAGCAAUAUUUAUGCUGUAGCAGUAACACUGAAACAGUUCACAUCUUUAAACUUGAAAGAUCAGUCAUGAGUGGUGAACGAUCUGCAAAUCUCAAUGCGGCUCAUAAAUCAGGUGAUGAAAAUUGGAUGGGAUAUUUGAAGAGUACAGUAGCAAAUUAUCUACCAUAUGCGUUACCAACACAAGUUACAGAUGUGUUCACCCAAGGACGAGCUUUUGCUUCUGCUAUGUUGCCAGUUGCAGGUAUCAAACAUGCUUGCGCAAUUACAACAGUUCAAAAGUCUCUCAGGCUUCUAGUGGCAUCACAAAAUGGUUUUAUGUACAUUUAUUCAAUUCCAUUAGAUGGAGGAGAAUGUCAACUCAUUAAGAAGCACGAUUUAAAAAAUAUUGACCAGCCAUCACCACAACAGAAUCAGCAACUCCAACAACAACAAGCGACACUGAUUCGUCCUCUAGAAUCAUUGCCAAUAAAUGUACCACAACAACAUAUUUCAACGCCCAAAUCAUCAGCUGAGGAUUAAUUAAUCGGUUUCUUCAUUUCUUUAUAUACCUAUAUAAUUUUUUCGUAAAAAUUCUUAACGCUUAAUACAUCGUGUCUAUUUGGCUAAUGCUUGGAAUUUUUUGAAAAGUGUGAAAAACAAACACAAUUUCAUCAUUCAGAAAACCGUGAUAUUUCCUAAUAAUGAAAAAUUCAGCAACGUGAAAAUUCAAACAAUCUUUUUAGUUUACACAUUAAAAUAUAAACAAAAAAUGAGAGUUAAGAAAACUUUUAUAUUUCAAUACAUUUUAUUCCAUUAUGUUUUUAAUUUUUUUUUUGUUUCACUUGACCAUUGAUAUAGUUUUAAUAUGAAUAUUAAAAUGAGUAGAAGAAAUAAAAGUCAUUUGAAUUUGA